AAAAAAAAAAAAAGAGUUCUGACCAGUUGAUCCGCGAGGAGAAACUUCAAAGAAUAGUAGUAAUAUUUCACAAGCAAGUAGCAGAACUUAAAUGUGUCAAAGAUGUCUGCAAUAAUCAGAGUUGCAUAUUUUUUGUUGGUUGAGUUGGCGGCGGACAGAGUACCGAGAUUGAUCUCAGUUAAGUGUUUCUUUUCUUGUCUCCCUCCAUCUCUAUUUUGGAGUCUUUUUAUGGUUUGUAAUGUCCACUUCAUGCUUGUUUCGAACGGUUGAGAAAUUUGUUUGUUUACUUGCUUCAUUCGACAUUUUUUUUUUGACUCCCUGGGAUGGCUUUUCUUGAAUUCUUUUUGGCAGCUUUCCUGACUGAAAGACUAUAAGAACUUUUGACUGACAAAAAAGAAAAAAAACAUAUCUCCACCUUAAAAAUAUGCAAGCGUGCCAUGAAGUCAAAGAAUCAGUAUUAAAAAUGAGGAUCCAAGAGUUGGAAAUAAUCGAAUUUGGUGUGGGUUCUUAUGGAAGAAUCAGUCGGAGUGUGAUAUUUUGCAGGUUUUGCUACAUUCUGAUUGAGCCCAAAUGUCAGUCAUUAAACUCUCUGGUGGUGCUACACUAGUUCGUGGGAAUACUGCGGGUAAAUGUGGAAGAAGGCCAAUUAGGAAGGCUACCAAUCUACAAAAUUCUUCAAAAUGGAUUCUUCAUAGUGAUUUUCUUGGAGCAAAUCAGAGGAAGGUAUUGACAUGCAACAAUGCUGCUCCGAAUUCUGGAUUAGUCAGUGAUCAGCAUUCUUUGAAUUAUGAAGCGGGUUCUUCUUCUUAUGUGGAAAAAAGGUGUACUUCAACCCGAGAGCGACUCUGUAGCGGAUCAAAUGAAGGAGACAUAGCUGUGACAGGAACGUUAAAGGAUCAACCCAAUGCUCCAGCUGUCUUUUGUGAGCUAGCAAUGCUGUCACUGCCAGCUAUUGCAGGACAAGCAAUUGAACCUUUAGCACAACUCAUGGGAACGGCUUAUGUUGGAAGAUUAGGUGUACUCGAGUUGGCUGCAGGCGGACUAUCACUUUCAAUAUUCAAUGUUAUAUCUAAGGUGUUCAACAUUCCUCUCCUUAGUCUGUCUACUUCGUUUGUCGCUGAAGAUAUUUCUCAACACUCACACGAGGACACCACUCCAGAUAGAAGAAGGGCUUUAGCCUCAGUUUCUACAGCCUUAGCUUUAUCUUUUGCAAUUGGAUUAUUUGAGGCAGCAGGAAUGACCUUAGGAUCAGGACUCUUUCUGAACAUUAUGGGUGUAUCAACAGCUUCCCCAAUGCGUAGUCCAGCUGAAAAGUUUCUUAGACUCAGAGCAAUUGGAGCUCCAGCAGUAGUGGUUUCUCUUGCCAUUCAAGGCAUAUUCCGCGGUUUCAAGGAUACAAGGACCACUGUCUUAUGUUUAGGAAUUGGCAAUUUGGCAGCUGUGUUCUUCUUUCCAGUAUCCAUGUAUACCUUUCGCUUGGGUAUAACUGGUGCAGCAAUUUCCACAGUUGCAUCUCAAUACAUUGUCACCAUUUUGAUGUUGUGGCAUCUGAACAAGAGGACCAUACUGCAGUUCUGCAAUAUGAAAAAUUUGCAGUUUGGUGACUACUUAAGAUCAGGUGGUUUUGUUCUAGGAAAAACUGUAGCUGUUGCAACAACAGUGACUUUGAGCACGUCAAUGGUUGCCCAUCUUGGAGCUCUAUCUGUGGCUGCUCAUCAGAUAUGCUUGCAAGUUUGGUUGGCUGCUCCGCUCCUAGUUGAAGCUCAAGCUUCUGCUGCUCAGGCUCUAAUCGCAAGUUCAUUUGCUAAAGCUGAGUUCAGCAGAGUCAAAGAGAUAACAUAUGCAGUCUUAAAGACAGGAUUACUCACAGGUGUUGCUUUAGCUGUCAUAUUGGGCUUGUCUCUUCCUCUAUUGGCCAAAUUGUUUACUACUGAUACACAAGUGCAAAAUAUAAUUGGAUCUGUUAUACUGUUUGUCAGUGCCAGUCAGCCACUUAGUGCUCUGGCAUACGUUUUUGACGGUCUCCAUUAUGGUGUUUCUGAUUUCCCCUAUGCAGGUUGCUCAAUGAUGGUCAUCGGGGCAAUCUCAUCAGCAUUUCUCAUCCAAGCUUCUUCAAUGCUUGGUCUUUCAGGAAUUUGGUCAGGUUUGGCUUUAUUCAUGGGGUUGCGCUCCAUCAGUGGAUUUUGGAGGUUAUCACAAAAAAGUGGUCCGUGGUGGUUCUUGCAGGACAGGAACGAACUUGAAACUAAGAGGUCGCAGUGAUUCCUGAACGGCGAUGAGUUCCGAAGCAUUACUUGCUUCUGUGCAAACCGGGCUCCUGCAUUCAUCUUUCUUCAGCUCCUCAUUUCUUGACUCAAUUUGUUCCCUGUUCUAAACAUAUGAAAUAGUUGAGGAAUUUGUGGUAACUCAGUGUGUUUAGGUGGAGCUGCAAUAAGUUGUCUCCACAUUUUAUUCCAUGCUCGCAUAUUGAUUGAUGCAAUCAACACAACCUGAUAUUCAGUUGUCAAAAACCAUACUCCUGUAACGAGCACAGAUUGUACUCUCCAGAUCCAAGGGCAACAUGGUUGAAGAAGAUUAGAGAUAACCUGCUGUCUCUAUAGUUUCUUCUGUUUACGCUCUUUGGAAUGUUUGAAAAGAAAGAGCUGGUGGAAAAACACAAGGUACUGCUUUAAAGUGCAAAACUUCAGAAAUUUCCUGUUCACAUAAAUUUGGUCCUCUCAUGGGGUCAAGAAUGCCAGUGGGACAAAUAAAUUUGAGACCACGUAUGAAGUGUAGUUGCUCCAAUGAUUCAGGAGGUGGAGACCACUGACCAAACAACAUGUUAUCAGACACAUGUGCUGGGGUACACCAGUCCAGUCCUGCUAAUUCAGCACAGCAGAGAGGAAACUACCCAAAUUAAAGAUGAUCAUGAAACCUACAGCAACUGAUGAUUGUGAUUGAAAAGCAAGAACAAUAAUGUUCAACUAAUCUGUGAAAUUGAAAUUGGUGAUGAGCUUUCUCAUCCCAAGUUUAUUGCUGUUUAGGUUAUGUACAACAAAUGAUUCUCACUUGUUUGUUUGUUGGAUGAAAAUGCCAUAAUAAUUGAGUCUACUAUGACUA